AAAUGUGGGUUUUUUUCUUUCCCUAGGGAUCUUUCCAAUAACAGGAUCAGUGGUUUAGAUGUUGAGCUAUUCAGAAGCCUGACUUCGCUGGUAAAGCUAGAUAUAAGCCACAACAAGAUUUCUACAUUAGAAGAUGGAAUAUUUGAUAAUUUAUUUAAUUUAAGUGAAAUAAACUUAAGUUGGAAUCCAUUUGUUUGUGACUGCAAACUGUCCUGGUUGCCCCGUUGGGUGGAAGACAGAAAAGUGAGAGUCCUUGAGGCAUCAGACACGAGAUGUGCCCACCCCCCUGAGGUGGCCAACCUGUCCCUCUUCGAUGUCCUGUUCCUCAAUGCCACCUGUGGAGCUCAGUACAUCACGUGUCUGACAGGCAACCACACCGAAGAAGCUGAACUUGUCAUCCUCUUCACGUCUGUGCACCCUGGGAACCUCACCGAGGAGACCUGCAGUGGCCUCUGCUACUCCCAAGGCCAGGAGUAUGGGGGUUUCAGCUCCCAGGGGCAGUGUUUGUGUGGAACUGCCCACGAAACAAACUCUUCCUCCGGCUGUUUGCCAUUUUGCACUGAGCAUUUGUCUGGGCAGGCCUGUGGUGGCCCCUCACUCGUCCCCUCGCCCUUCCAGGCACAGCUGCCUGUGUCUUUCACAGGACUCCAGCCCCGCUACAGCCUGCACCAGCCUGUGCUCUUCAAUGUCAGUAUUCCCAUUGCUGUCAGCACUUUACUGUGGGAAUUUGGGGACCAGAGCGAGGUUCUCAACACCACUGGACACACAGCUGUGCACAGCUACGCCUUGCCCGGGCACUACAACGUCACUGCCACCGUCCUCGUGGGCUCCAGGCUCCUGUACCAGCAGGCAGAGAUUGAGGUGGUGGCUCCACCCCAACAGCUGGAGCUGCAAUGUCCUUCCUUGGUGGUGGCAAACGAGAGCCUGGACAUCCGGAUCCGCAACAGGGGCGGCACGGGGCUGGCGGUGCUCUACGGGAUCACCGCCGAGCCCGGGGAGCUGGGCAGGGCAGUUCACCCCAUGUGCCCCCCUGAGGGCUUGGUUUUCCCGGGGAAUAACCACUGCUACCAGCUGGUGGUGGAGAAGGCGGAGUGGCUGGAGGCACAGCGGCACUGCCAGGAGCUGGGCAAUGGGGACCUGGCUUUUGUCAGCAGCCCCGACAUCCAGAGCUUCCUGGUUGCUCAUGUCAUCAGGAGCCUCGAUGUCUGGAUUGGAUUCAAUGAUUUUGCAAGCUCUGGAGCGCAGCAGAGAGGGGAAGGAUUUAAUCUGGAGAGCUGUCAGAACUGGCUGCCAGGAGAACCCCAUCCCUCCAACGCUGACCACUGCGUGCGGAUGGGCCCGACGGGCCAGUGCAACACGGACCUGUGCAUGGCCAAGCACAGCUACGUCUGCGAGUACAAGCCACCAGGAGUUCUCCUAAACGCCGAAAACUUCUUUGAGGGAGACGCUGAGUUCGCCACACACGAGGCCGUGAGGAACGUGAGCGAGGCUGUGCCGGCAGAUUCGUGGAAGGCUGAGGAGGUGCUGGAGUUCCCGGAGCUGGCGUUCAGGCACGACGGGUUUCUCGCUGCCCUGGAGUUUGUGACACAGGAGCUGCACCAGCCCGUCCAAGUGAGGUUCCAGGUGUACAGACUGCUGCCUGGAGAAGACUACCAGGAGGAAAACAACGCUACAGAACCGUUCCCCAGCGCUCAGGAUGACGGGAACUGGACGCUGCUGGAAUGUCCUCCUGGUUUCCAGUGGUGCCCUUUGACGAAUUUGUGCUCAUCCCAAAACGACUGCUGCAAUGGGACCGAGUGUGCCAACAGUUCCUUUGGCAGCAGCCCUGCCCCCGGGUCCCUGCAGCCCAAUGACAGCCAGCCCAGCUAUGAACUCCUCAAGGAGUUCCUGUUCACGGUACCAGCUGGCCCCUCUUCUCAGUAUCAGGUGACAUUCAGCAAAGAAAACAUCUUUGUCAGGGCUGGGGAUGUUUUCAGCAUCCAGCACAACGCGGCCUCGGGCUCGUUCCUCCAGUGCCACCCCGGUGCCACCUCCCUGGACAGAAGGAACUGGUCUGAGUGGGCACAGGGGCUGUCCCCCAGCUCCGUGGGUCCCCCCAGGACAAACAGCAGCGUGUGCUCGCUCCGGGUGCGCUACACCGAGGAGCAGCUGGUGCCAGUGCUCAGCCCCCACAACGCGGGGCUGGAGCAGCCGGGGCACUACACGGUCCGAGCCGCCGUGGACAACGGCUUCUUCAGCGCCAACCUGUCCUGCAGCUUCCAGCUGACCUCCCGGGUGUCCGGCCUGCGCGUCCUCCACCCCGCCCCGCAGGGCUCCAGGGUGUACCUGCCCACCAACCACACCACGCUGCUGCUCAAGCUCUCCUCGGGGCUCAACGCCACCGCCAGCCGGCUGGGGGACAACCGCACCGCGCCCUUCGUGGCCACCUGCCCGGCUGCCCUGGCCCCGCUGUGUGUCAGGGAGACCAACGACACCUGGUUUGCUGUGGUGCAGCUGGGCAGCCUCGGGGAGGGCGUCAGCACCCACGUGCUGCUUGCGGAGAACUCGGUGAGCUCCCAGAACAUCACGGUCACGGUGAAGGUGGAGGAGCCCAUCCGCGGGCUGAGGGCCACCCCCGACCCCGAGAGCAGAGUGCUGCUGAACACACGGGUGAGCUACAUCCCUGUGAUGGAGGCUGGGUCAGAUGUGACUUUCCGAUGGACUGUAGAUGAUAAGCCAUCUUUCACUUUUUACAAUGUUGUCUUCAACGUUAUCUACCAAAGCCCAGCUGUGUACAAGCUUUCGCUCACCGCCUCCAACCACGUCAGCAACUUCACAGUCAACUACAACGUGACGGUGGAGAUGAUGAACAGGAUGAGGAACCUGAGUGUGGCAGGUGCCCUGCAAGUGCUGCCCCAGAACAGCAGCGUGGAGUUCAGCGCCAGGGUUCUGGUGGACUCGGCUGUGGAGGCUCUGUUCCUGUGGGAUUUUGGAGAUGGUGUCCAGGAGACAUACCUGUUCAAACCUCCCUACAACAAGUCUUUCCUUGUUCCUGAUCCCAAUGUGCACGAGGUUGUCAUUGAGCACAAUGUUUCACACAUCUACCAAGACCCAGGAGAAUAUGCCCUGAUGGUUGUUGUGUCCAACCAGUAUGAGAACCUCACCCACCUGAGCCCAGUUCACGUCCACAGUUACCUGACUGACGUGAAGGUGGAGGCAGAGGAGGAUGUUUUGGUCGUGGGCCGGCCAGUCACCUUCCGAGCCACCGCCCUGCCCUCCCCGUACGGCGUCGUGUUCACCUGGGACUUUGGGGACGGCUCCUCCCUGCUCACGGAGAUCCAGCCCACAGCCACCUACAGCUACCCCCACAGAGGGGUGUACAACGUCACCGUGACAGCCAACAACACCGUGAGCAGCGUGGAGACGGUGGAGUGCUACCAGGUGUUCGAGGAGAUCACGGGGCUCCGCGUUUCCGCGGACGAGGCCGCAGAGCAGGGAGCGCCUGUCACCGUCAACGCGUCCGUGCAGACCGGGGACAGCAUCACCUGGACAUUCGACAUGGGGGACGGGACGGUGCUGAGGAGCCAGGUGCCAGUGGUGGAACACGUGUACAUAAAGGACAUCAACUGCACCGUGAACGUGACAGCUGUGAAUCCCGUCAACUCUGUCUCCCAGGCGGUUCCUGUGCGGAUAUUUGUCCUGGAGGUACUCAAAAUAGAGCCUGCUUCUUGCAUCCUGGAGCACCCGGAUGUGCAGCUCACCGCCUACGUGACGGGGAAUCCUGAGGAGUACAUCUUUGACUGGACUUUUGGAGAUGGCUCAUCCAAUGUCACGGUCAGCGGGGACCCUGUGGUGAUGCACAACUUCACCCGGAGCGGGACAUUCCUGCUCUCCCUGACGGUCUCCAGCAGCUUUAACAAGGCUCAUUAUUUCACCAGUGUCUGUGUGGAGCCAGAGAUCCUCAACGUCACCCUCCUCCCUUCCAAACGCUUUGUGAGGCUCGGGGAAGAGACCUCCUUCCAGGUGAGUGCCGUGCCUCCCUACCAGUACCGCUACCGCUGGGACUUCGGCAACAACGAGUCCACCAGGUCGAGUGGGACUGAGGUGACCUACACCUACAAACACACCGGGGUCUUCCUGGUCACAGUGACCGUCUCCAACAAUGUCUCCUUCAACAACGACACGGCGUUUGUGGAGGUCCAGGAGCCAGUUGGGGUAGCAAAGAUUGAGUAUAACGGGACAGAUGUUCUGGAGCUGAACCAGAUCUACCUGUUCUCUGCCAGCAUGAAUGGAACCAAAGUGAGUUACUGCUGGGACUUUGGGGAUGGCACUGUCCAGCCUGGGCAAGCGGCCACCCAUUCCUACAACAGCACAGGCCACUACAGCAUUACGGUGAUGGGGCAGAACGAUGUGAGCUCCAACGAGACCACCAUCGACAUCACCGUGAAGCGGCGGCUCCUGGGCCUGACGGUCAAUGCCAGCAGGACGGUGGUGCCGUUGAAUGGCUCGGUGAGCUUUGUGGCCACCCUGGUGGCUGGCACCGCCAUCCGCUACUCGUGGAUCCUCUGCGAUCGCUGCACUCCCAUCCAGGGCUCCUCCACCAUUUCCUACACCUUCCGCUCCGUGGGCACCUUCAACGUCAUCGUGACGGCCGAGAACAAGAUCAGCUCGCUGCAGGACAGCAUCUACGUCUACGUGCUGGAGCAGAUUGAGGGCCUGCAGGUGGCCAGCGCUGACCUGGUGGAGGACAUGUAUUUCCCAACCAACAAAACACUCCAUUUGCAGGCCGUGGUGAGAGAGGGCACAAACAUCUCCUAUGGCUGGGUGGUCCAGCGAGACGGCAAUGCUGUGCAGACCUUCACUGGGAAAACCUUCCCCUUGAGCAUCCUGGAAGCUGGGAACUACACUGUUUACCUGAAGGCCACCAACAUGCUGGGCUGUGCCACUGCUAACAGGACACUGGAGUUCAUUGAAAGCCUCGGUGUCCUAAAGCCCUACGCCUUCCCCAACCCAGCUGCUGUUAAUGCCUCUGUGAACAUAAGUGCCACCAUAACCGGUGGCACCGGCGUCACGUACGUGUGGUACCUGGAGGAUGGCUCCUCCCCUGUCACCUCUGAACCAUUUAUUAUACACUCCUUCCAAAGCCCUGGGAUGAUUGAGGUCGUCGUUGGAGCAGAAAACAAGCUGAAUUCAACCAAUGCCACUGUUUCUGUCUGUGUGGAGGAGGUCAUCGAGGGGCUGAGUAUAGGGACAGCAGAGCUGGACUGUAGGUACGUCUCCUCAGGCUCCACGGUGGUCUUUGAGGGGGAGCUGCAGAGGGGGACUGAAGUGACCUGGCUGUGGGAGGUGCCAAAUGGCACACUGAGCGGCCAGUCCGUGGCAGUCACGUUCCCCACGGCAGGGUUGUACACGGUCCGUCUGAACGCGUCCAACGACAUCAGCUGGGCUCUGGCCAGCAGGAACAUCUCGGUGCUGGACAGGAUUCAAGGUCUGGAAGUUGUCGCCAGCAAGAAGGUGGUGGAGCCAGGGGAGCAGGUCACCUUUGAGAUCAGGAUGGUGUCAGGUACCUCUGUGAGUUUCCUGGUGAGCAUCAGUGGGGACUACUCGGUGGUGCUCAACAGCUCCAGGUACACCCAUGAGUUCACCAAGAGCGGUGAUUAUCUGGUGACCGUGACCGUGCAGAACCAGAUCAGCAUCGCCCAUGCCCAGGUGCUCAUCUCUGUGCUGGAGCCCAUCCAGGAGGUCAGGCUCCUCAACUGCUGCGAGGAGGGCAUUGCCACGGGCACGGAGAAGAGCUUCAGUGCCCGUGUGGGCAGCGGCUCCCGCGUGUCCUUCUCCUGGCAGUUCUGCCUGUGGCAGGAGCGAGGCAGGUCUGUGGUUGCUGCAUCAGGAGAGAGAGUUUCCUACGCUCCAGAAGCUGCAGGGCUGCUGGAGAUCCACCUCACUGCCUUCAAUGACUUGGGAAGUGUCAACAUCACCAGAACCAUCCAGGUGCAGGACCCCAUAGUCCAGGUGUCCCUCAGUGCCACCAAUGCCUUUGUGAACAGGACGGCGCUGUUUGAAGCUGCGGUGGUGCCCAGCAGCAGGAACGUUGAGUUCUUGUGGAGCUUUGGGGAUGGCUCUUCCACUCAAACCACCAGGGUUGCAGUGGCCAACUACUCUUACCUGAGCCCCGGGGAUUACCUGGUGGAGGUGAAUGCCACCAAUCUCAUCAGCUUCUUCAUAGCCCAGCUCACUGUCACCGUCAAAGUCCUGGAGUGCGAGGAGCCCGAGGUGGAGCUGGCCCUGCCACCCCAGGUGGUUAUGAAGAGAUCCCAGAGGAACUACCUGGAGGCACAGAUUGACCUCCGAGGGUGCAUCAAGUACCAGACAGAGCACCUGUGGGAGAUCUACCGAGCACCCAGCUGCAUGAACUUGGAUGACUCCAGCAGGAUCUGGCUGCCGAACGUCAACGUGAACAGGCCCCAGCUGGUUAUCCCAAAGCUCGGCCUGGAAGUUGGGAACUAUUGUUUCAUGUUUAUUGUCUCCUUUGGAGACACCCCGCUGUCCAAAAGCAUCUUUGCCAAUGUGACUGUGAUCCCGAGCAAGCUGGUCCCAAUCAUCGAUGGGGGGUCGUACCGUGUAUGGUCCAACACUCAGGACUUGGUCUUGGAUGGGGAGAAAUCCUACGACCCCAACUUGGAUGACGGGGAACAGACCCCGUUGUUGUACGAGUGGUCCUGCACAUCCUCCUCCAAGAGCUCGGCUGCAGGGUGCUCUCUGAAUUUCAGUGCCAAGGAAGGAAUUGUCACAAUUUCCAAAGCUCUAUUAGAGGCAGAUGUGGAGUACACGUUCGACCUCACCGUCAGGAAGGAAGGGAUGAGUCCCGAGGCCACCAACCAAACCGUGUUCAUCAAGAGGGGAGGAGUCCCCAUCGUGUCCCUGGAGUGCGUUUCCUGCAAGGCUCAGUCAGUCUACGAGGUCAGCAAGAGCUCCUACGUGUACCUGGAGGGCACCUGCCAGAACUGUCACAACGACUCCAAGCUUGGGAGGUGGGCAGCUCACAGCUUUAACAACAAGUCCCUCGUCCUGGACAAAACGACCACGUCCACCGGCGACACGGGGAUGAACCUGGUGCUGAGACAAGGAGCCCUGAGGGAUGGCGAGGGCUACACCUUCACCCUGCACAUCACAGACCUCACCACGGGGGAGGAAGGCUUUGCCUCCAUCGACCUGCUGCCCAACCAGCCCCCCGUGGGGGGGUCCUGCCGCCUGUCCCCCGAGGGACCCCUCCGGGCGCUGGUGACCAAGGUGCACUUUGAGUGUGCAGGCUGGCAGGACACGGAGGACACGGAGGGGCCGCUGGUGUACAUCCUGCUGGCCUCACGCCACCGCCCCGGCCACUUCCACGAGUUCUGCGUGUACAAGGGCAGCCGGGCCGAGCACGGCGCCUUCCUGCCCCCCGGCUUCCACGAGAGCGGCUUCCAGGUGUCCGUGGCCGUGCUGGUGCAGGACCAGCUGGGAGCCACCGUGGUGGCUGUGAACAGCUCCAUGGAAAUCGGCCUCCCCGAGGGCUUCCCCAGCCUCUCCCACUGGCUCUACAAUCAGACUGACACCGUGCUCCAGGGCUUGGUGAAACAAGGGGACCCUCAGCAGGUCAUUGAGUACUCCCUGGCCCUCAUCACCAUCUUAAAUGAGUACGAGCGAUCCGUGCUGCUGGAGCCUGAGGCUGGCCAGGAAUUCGAGCUCAGGACCUGGACUCGCAACAACAUCACGGAGACCCUGAACUCUCUGAAGGUGAACACGGUGGAUGACAUCCAGCAGAUCUCAGCUGCCCUGGCACAGUGCACGGUGGUGAGCAAGGAGCUGGUGUGCAAGUCAUGCCUGACAAGGACCCUGAACAAGCUGGAGACCAUGAUGACCAUUCUGCAAGGGGAGACCACCCAGGGCACGGUGACACCGACCGGCAUCGCCGACAACAUCCUCAACAUCACAGGUGACCUAAUCCACCUUGUCAAUACAGUUUCACAAGAAUCCAAGCCCCAGGAGCUGCUUGCUGAUUCCCACAAUUUGCUGCUGGCUCCCAAAGCCUACAACCUGUCUUCCAGCCUGAUGCGAAUCCUCAUGAAAUCCCGGGUGCUGAACGAAGAGCCCCUCGAGCUGGUGGGAGGAGAAAUUAAGGCCACAGGCAAGAGGUCUGACCCCUUUAACUUGCUUUGCUACGAAAACACACCAAACUGCCAGUUCUCCAUCCCCCAGGCCUUCAACUCCACCCUUUCCAACCUGACGGAUGUCAUCCAAGUCAUGUUCCAGGUGGACUCCAAUCCCUUCCCUUUUGGGUACAUCAGCAACUACACCGUGUCCACCAAGGUGGCCUCCAUGGAGUUCCAGACACACAACGGGGUGCAGAUCCCCAUCGGGAGCCUGGACUCUGAAAAAGCCAUCACUGUGAUGGUCUCAAACAGCACAGAGCCCGAAAACCUCGUGGCUGGCACUGAGAUCAUCGAGGCAAGAGCGUCUGUCAACCUGAUUGUGAUCAUGGAGAGCAACAACAGGGAAGCAGGACUGCACUUUCAGCUCACCUACAGAGUCCUCAAUGAGCAUUACCUGGCCAGUGAGCCCGAGCCCUUCAUCAUGGCCUAUCUCCAUCAUGAGCCCGAGCCCAACGAGCACAACUGCUCUGCCUCCAAGAGAAUCAGCCUGGAUGCCCUGGCUGGAAGUGACCACAAGCUCUACACCUUCUUCACCUCACCCAGAACAGACGACCCCAUCCAGAAAUACUACCUGAACAUCACCAACCACUUCAGCUGGUCGGCAGUGGAGGUGACCCUGGGGCUGUACACGUCCCUGUGCCAGUACUUCAGCGAGCAGGAGAAGCGCUGGAAGACGGAAGGAAUUGUCCCCCUGGAGGAGACCAGGCCAGACCAGGCCGUGUGCUUGACCCAGCACCUCACAGCCUUUGGGGCCAGCCUGUUUGUGCCCCCAAACUCUGUCCAGUUCAUCUUUCCCGCUCCAGGCCCAGGGCUGAACUACAUCGUGCUGCUGACGUGUGCCGUGUGCUUUGUCACCUACUCGGUGGCCGCGCUGAUCGUGCACAAGCUGGACGUGAUCGACAUGAACCGCGUGGGGGUGAUUCCCUUCUGCGGCAAGAACGGGAUGUACAAAUACGAGAUCCUGGUGAAAACGGGCUGGGGCAGAGGAUCAGGCACCACGGCCCACGUGGGCAUCGCCCUGUACGGGGUGGACAACAAAAGUGGCCACAGACACCUGGAUGGGGACAACGCCUUCCACCGCAACAGCCUGGACGUGUUCCAGAUCGCCACGGAGCGCAGCCUGGGCAGCAUCUGGCGCAUCCGCAUCUGGCACGACAACAAAGGACUGAGCCCCUCGUGGUACCUGCAGCACGUCAUCGUGCGGGACCUGCAGAGCAGCAAGAGCUAUUUCUUCCUGGUGAACGACUGGCUGUCAGUGGAGAGCGAGGACAACGAUGGCCUGGUGGAGAGGGAGGUGUUUGCUGCCAGUGAGAGCGAGCUGAGGAGCUUCUGGCGGAUCUUCGUGGCGGAGCUGCAGCGCGGGUUCUUCGAGAAGCACGUGUGGCUGUCCCUGUGGGACCGCCCGCCCCGCUCCCGCUUCACCCGCGUCCAGAGGGCCACCUGCUGCUGCCUCCUCAUCUUCCUCUUCCUCUGCGCCAACGCCGUGUGGUACGGCGUGGUGGGCAGUGUCCACCUCAGCAACGUGGCCGUUUCCAGCCUGAUCCCCGUCAGUGUGGACACGGUGGCUGUUGGCCUGGUGUCCAGCGUGGUGGUUUACCCUCUCUACCUGGUCAUUUUAUUUCUCUUCAGGAUGGCUCGUGGCAAGGUCUCCAUCAGCCACACAGUGACUCACUCAGACCAGCAGUCCCUGGAGAUUGACAACUACCUGGACUCCUCCAUCCUUGACAGCUCCUUCCCCACCUUCCCCGGGCUCCAGGCAGAGGCCUUCUCUGAGCAAACCAAAACAGAUCUGUUCCUGGAGGACUCCAAGAGCCUGGUGCCGUGGCCCUCCAGCGAGGCUCUGCUCAGCUGGCCAGACCUGCUGAGUGACCCCUCCAUCAUGGGCAACACCAUCCAGAAGCUGAAGAGAGGCCGGGCCAGCCGCCACCUGGGGCUGGAGGCCCCGCUGGCCACCGAGGAGGACACUUUGUCCCUUGGGCUUCACCAGGGACAGCCCCGAUACUUCUCAGCCUCAGAUGAGGAUCUGAUCCGGCAGAUCCUGGCAGAUGGAGCCAGCGGCAUCUCCCACUCGCAGGACCUGGGGCCGUACAUGAGGGCAGAGACAGAUCUCAUCUCAGGCCUGUCCAGCGUGUUCGGGGAGAAGGUGGAGACUGUCAUGAUGCAGAGGCUGAACGACAAAGGGCAGAGCGUGGCACCUCCUCCCAGGGAAGUGAGCAGAUCAGCCAAGUCCACCUGGACAGUUGCAGACCAGACGUUCAGGAAGCGCCUGCUGCCUCCCUGGUGCUCCCUCCUGGCUCACGGCAUCAGCCUCCUGCUCUUCGCCACCUCCGCGGGCGUCUCCGUGUGGAUCGGGGUGGGCUUCUCCUCCAGCGUGGCCCUCAUGUGGCUCAUCUCAGGGAUAUUCAGCUUUCUGGCAUCAUUCCUGGUCUGGGAGCCCCUCAAGGUGCUGCUGGAAGCCCUCUAUUUCUCCCUGGUUGCCAAGAGGCUGCACCCAGAGGAGGACGACACCUUGGUGGAGCAGCCCUGCGUGGAACACGUGUCCGAGAGGAUCGGCAAAGUCCGGCCCCCGCAGGGAUUUGCCCUCUUCCAGGCCAAGGAGGAGGCCAGGAAGGUCAAACUGCUGCACAGGAUGCUCAAGAAUUUCCUCAUCUACAUGAUGUUCUUGCUGGUGGUGCUGCUCACCAACUACGGCGACGCCUCCCGCACCAGCCGGGCCUUCCUCCUGCAGAGCUCCAUCAAGCAGCAGCUGGGCAGCAACGACUUCCUGCUCAUCAAGAGGUCGGAUCAGUUCUGGGUGUGGAUGUCUCAGGUGUUCCUCCCUUACCUGUACAACAACGGCUCUGGCCAGGAGAGCCACAGCACCACGCUGGGCACGGCACGGCUGCGCCAGCUGCGCCUGCGGGGAGCUGAGUGCCAGCAGAGUGCCCAGGACAUCCUGCAGAGCAUGGGCAGCGCCCAGAGGAGCUGCACUGACCAGCACAGCUUUGCCACUGCUGACUAUGGAGUGGGCUGGGAGAGCCCAGCCGGGAACGGGACGGCAGCGUGGGCACACUCAGCACCCGACCUGGCGGGGAUCUGGUACUGGGGCUACAUCUCCUUCUACGACAGCAGUGGCUACGUGCAGGAGCUGGGCCCUUCCCUGGAGGAGAGCCGGGCUCAGCUGGAAUUCCUGCAGCAGCACACGUGGAUCGACAACAUGAGCCGGGCAGUGUUUGUGGAGCUGCUGCAGUACAACCCCAGCGUGGACCUGCACGUGGCCGUCACCCUGCGCCUGGAGUUCCCUGGGGCCGGCCAGGCCGUGGCCGCUGUCACCAUCAGCCCCUUCCCCCUGCUGCGGCUCAGCACGGGGGUCACCCUGCAGCUCCUCAUGAUGGUUUUCCUCAUGCUGUUUGUGGUUUACUUCGUGGUGUCGGAGUCUCUGGCCAUCAAGAAGGAAGGCAGAGCCUACUUCACCCUGUGGGGCAACUACAGCCAGUGGGUUUUCAUCCUGCUCACCACGUGCACGGUGCUGGUGCACCUCAGCCAGGCCACCCUGGCUGACCAGCAGUGGCUCAGGUACCUCAGCAACCGCAGGGGCUUCACCAACUUCUACCAGGUGGCCUUCCUGAGCUCCGUCUUCAGCAGCCUGGCCGCGUCCCUCCUCUUCCUCCUGACCGUGCAGGCUGCCCAGCAGCUGCGCUUUGUCCGGCAGUGGUCAGUGUUCGGGAAGACCUUCCAGAAGUCCAUGAAGGAGCUGAUGGCUGCAGGGGUGGCCUUCGCCCUCCUCCUCCUGGCCUACGCCCAGCUCGGCUUCCUGCUCUUCUCCUCCUCCUCCGAGUCCUUCCGCAGCGUGGGCAGCAGCCUCCUGCUGCUGCUGGCCCUUCUGCGGGGCAGCGCCAGCCUCCGGCCCUGCCUGCCCGAGGCCUCGGGGCUCUGCUGCCUCUUCUGCACCUCAUACAUCGUGCUGGAGGUGUGGGUCGUGCUGCGGCUGCUGGCGGCGGUGCUGAUCCACAGCUACCGUGAGAUGCACUUCGAGCUCUACCGGCCUGCCUUCGAGCCGCAGGACUACGAGAUGGUGGAGCUGUUCGUCCGCAGGCUCAAGAUGUGGAUGGGCUUCAGCAAAGCCAAGGAGUUCCGACACAAGGUGAGGUUCGAGGGGAUGGAGCCGCUGCCCUCCCGAGACUCCAGCGACUCCAAAUCCUUCCGGGGCCCCACUCCCAGCGCUGCCUCCGACAGCUCCCGGGCCUCCACGUCCUCCAGCCAGCUGGACGGGCUGAGCCUGGUGCUGAGCGCCCGCGACAGCCUGGAGGUGGACGCCGACAUCCAGCGCCUGCUGUCGCUCUUUGAGAUGCUGCUGGCUCAGUUCGACCGCGUCAAUCGGGUGACGGAGGACGUGUCCCGCAUCGAGCACCUGCUCGAGUUCUCCCGGAGCCGCCGAGCGGCCAAGAACCGGGUGCACCCCACGGUGAAGUAA